UCGCUAGCCAAGGGUUUCUGAUCCGCACCGCUUCUCACGAACCCUUGGCCUAUCGUGCUAUCAAAAGUCGGGAUUUUUUUCCUUAAUUCUGAUUGGGGUUUACUAUAAGUGGUCGACCAAUCAAAAAGUGCAUAACAAAUCUCAUAUGACGUACAGUCUCCGUUCGUGAUGUUUCUAUACUGUUUACUCAAGGGAAAGAAAAAAGUACGUAAACAAUGUUCCGAAUGAUAACAGCAUGGCCGCUAAUACAAAGUGCUGUAUUUGUGCAACCGAAAUCGGUCCUAAACAGCGGCGGUUAGUUUCUUCCCCAGCAUUUCAAGUAAAAAAUCAACUAGAGGAAGUAUUGGAGAGAUCCAUAAGAAUAGAUACUGACCAGUAUGUUUGUAUACCAUGUUUCACUAAAUUAAAUCGCCUAUCCAAAAUCGACUUUGAUUUAGAACACAAAAUUGCCUCACUGAGAGCUGAAAAAAAUGAAAUUCUUGGUGCAGUUCGUGCUAAGAUGAAAAUGGUGUCGACAAAUUCUCCUGCUAAAGCAGCCUUGCAAGAGAAAAGACACAUAAUUCAUAGUCCCACGCCUCGGAAGCUGAAAAAAUUAGUAACCUCAAAACAAAUGUCGGUGGAAAAGAGGACCCCUAACAAAUUUCACAAAACAGUGGUGACACCAAAUAAAAGUAUUCAGACGAGGCCUGUUUUAACUCCAAGAUCCUCUAAGCGCAGAAAACUUUUCUUCAAAGACCCACCAGCAGAUAGUAUUAGGAUUUCUUAUCGAGGCAAAUUGCAGGGAGUAGUUAAGUCUAGAAUUGUAAAAGGACAAUGGAAAAGUGUUUUGAAGUCUAUUUUAAGAGGUGACAAAAGCAAAACCCUUGCUAAAAAAAUUGUUGGGAUAGAAGCGUUAAGAAAGGAUAUACACCUUUUGAUAAAUGGUCAAGCUGCCAAGGAAUCAAAGACAAUAAGCAAAUUAAGUGAUGCAUCUUUCCUUCGCAAUUCAACCGGUAAAGAUUUAUGUGAGAUGGACAUGCUUCCAUUUAUUCAUGAGCUUAAGACAAAGUGUCCAGUGUUACAUGGCCUUUUAGAAAGUGUCAUGGGGAAAUCUACUUCUUUGAGGUUAUCAGUUGCAGCAGCAGUACUUCUUUUCAACCGAAACAACCACUUGUCAGCAAUCCACCAUGUGAUCGGUCAGAUUCUGGAUCAAGGAGGGGCCACAGAUGAGACUAUUAGGUUGCUGAGCAACAUGGGACUGUCAGUUGGACCUAAAGCAGUAUAUAAAAAGAAAGUUGAGCUGCAGGAUGUGCAGAGAAAAAAGAUCAAGGACACAGUAUUACAGCAGAGACAACAGGAAGAGAUAAAAGCUAAAGCAGAUGAACUCAGUAAACCUGCUUUAAUGUAUCGCCACCUCACCUGUGGAGGAGUUACUCAAAGCCUUCAGCAAACUAUUGUAUCAAGCCUGGAGGGGGAUACAUAUUUAAAUCAGCUGCAUGAGUUAGCCUUUACGCGUAAUCAUAGUGGGAAUCUACAAAACCUUCUACAAGUGCCAGUCAGCAAGAGAUGAGGGAUCUUUGUUCCAGCUGCGUAAUCUUAUCAACAGAAGAGAUGUUCAUGGUCAUGACACAGUCACAGAGAGAUUCAGGGCACACUUUGCAUUUGUUGAGGAUGUUUUAGAUGGAUACAUAUGCAGUGCAUUCAUGGAUUACUUUGGAAUGGAAAAACUGGAGUCCGACCCCAGGCAGAAUAAGCCUCCCCCUCUCUUAUCAACAUGGUCAAAUG